GAACGACAGAUUCGAGCUUUGGCACAGAUGCUUCAUCGGUUGCAUGUGGAAAGAGGAGAUGUGCUAUUUAACGCAGGCGAUGCUGCUGAUUUCCUAGCGCUCAUAGUGAAAGGCGAGUUGUCGUUGCAAUCCUUUGGUAAGGCGGUAAUGAGUCUGGGUGAGGGAGAAAUGUGGUUUGGAGAGCUUUCGCUUGUUCAGCCUUGCAAGGCCGAUACCAGCAUCCGGUCAAUCAAUGAUGUUGUUCUUCUGAGCUUGUCGUCGCGAACCUUCCAUGAGUUGAAGUUGGACUAUGAAAAGCACCGACAUGAAGUCAAGAAGAGCUUAUUCCUUAACACACCUUUUGCUCAACAUUUGGAUUCGGAUCAACUUGCCAACAUUGUCGAUGCUAUGGAAGAAGUCGUAUUUGGGGCUGGGAUUAACAUCAAGAACGAAGAUUCUCUUGAGGAUGAUGUUUUCUAUAUCUUGGAGGAAGGGUUGGCAGAAGAAAGACAAUAUGCUGCUAUGCGCAAGUUGGUUUCCAGAGAGCUAGGGCCUGGAGACUUUUUCUGCGAAGAUGCACUGCUUUUGUCUUCAAUUAGUGAAAACCCUCGCAAAAGGGUAAAGUUGCAGCCAAGAAUCGAUGCCAAAUCAGAAUGCAAAUGUCUUUGCUUAAAUCGAAACGAUUUCCAUAGAUUGAUAGGA